ACUUCAGCUGGAGAUUCCAGGGAUGGAACCUGGAACCUUGUGCAAGGAGGGAAACCUUGUGUAGCAGUGCCACUGGGUUCUUCUCCCCCUGCCUCUAAAUAUUACAAAUACUGGUGGGGUGGGUGUGACCCAUUGGUACCAAUGUGGCCUCCCAUCAGCCCCAUCCAGCACGGCCCGUGGUGGGUGAGAGUUUUAGUCCAGCAUUCAUUAGGACCACCACAGAUUCCCCAACCUGCCUCUAGUGCAGGACAUAGGACGUAGCUCAGGCAUCCCCAGACUUAGGCCCUCCAGAUGUUUUGGACUACAGUUCCCAUCUUCCCCAGCCACUGGUCCUGUUAGCUAGGGAUCAUGGGAGUUGUAGGCCAAAACAUCUGGAGGGCCGCAGUUUGGGGAUGCCUGCUCUAGUGUGAUCUCCAUGCUCAGCUCCUCUCUUGCCUUGACUGCAAGGACUGCUUUGUUUCUGCUCUUCUAGGGAAGCAUCUGCUAAUAUUCUCCCUCUCCUUAAGCACUUAACACUGAUUUUCUCUGCAUCUGCUUCAAGCUGCUAGUUAUCUGCCCCCUGCGCUGCUUUCACUCUAUCCUUCCGCAUAAGUGGAAUUCCGCUGCUGCUCUCCUUUCUCAUCUUCACAGCCUGUUCCUCCCUCAGCCGGUAACGCUAUCCCUCAGUCUGGCUCAGCUGGUCCUGUUUCCCUUCAAAAUCCUUCAUCGCCCAGGACUCAACUCCUUUGCUCAUCAUCCGACUCAUCUUUCUCCCGCCUCCUUUGUUCACCCUGGUUUCUCUCCCAGCCCUUCCCAAAUCUCAAGCUCUGUGGUCAAAGGCCACGUCAUUUAGGAGGGUGCUGUUGCAUCUCGUUCACGGCUGGGCUGGAUAAAUGUGCAGUAGUAAUUGGGGGAGCUUUUCAUGUAGUUGAGCAAAAAAGAACGUGAGUGAAAACUUAAGCCCUCUAUCUUGUGGCUGCAGCAUUCUGCAAGCUUGCAAAAUACCUACUCUAUAUAUUUGUGUCCCUUGCCUGGGAAGGUUAGAUAGUGGGCUCAAACUACAGUAUACUGCCUUUCAUAGAUUACUAUGAUAGUAAUCAUAUUCCCUGUUCUAGUUCUUCCUCAAAAAUGAGUGGAUUUUAAAAACACAACAACCCCCAAUCUGCUGCUUAAAGCCAUCAAGCUGCAAAGCUAUACAUUUGUUUUGGAAACAAGUUUGGAGUACGUGUCAUUAGCCUUCUUAACAAAGGCGGCCUUGGUGCAUUUGAAGCGAAGUCAGGGGGGCAGGUGGUGGGGAGCACCAAGUGAACAGUGCCUGAACUGUUGCCUCUCCCAAGUCCUGCAACUUCAUUCUGAGAAUUACCGUACUUUCCCUUAAACCAUAACAUCUGCCCCCCCCCCCCCGACGCUGGGCUCCCACCUCCUGUCAGUGCCAGGCAGCAUAGUUGGCUGAGAGGAGGUGUAUGCAGUGCUGGUGCCAGGCUAUUUUGUGCCUUAGGGAAAUCACUAACUUCAAAUUUCAAAAACCCAUCUUGUAGAAAUGAUAAAAAUUCUUCAAAAUGUAGAAGUAAAAUAUGAUCAGAAAUUCGUAGGAUAAACAAAAACUAAUCUGUAUAAAAACUCAGCCCCUCAAAGGUCAGUACUGCACCCUAGGUAGAACGUGAGACUUACGGAUUCAAGCCCCACCAUGGGCAAAAGAGCCCUGCAUUACAGGGGGUUGGACUAGAUGAUCCUCGUGGUCCCAGCUGUACAAUUCUGUGAUAGCACCGGCCCUGGGUAUAUGUAAGGCCACAGUUUCCCUAUCUCUGUCUGAAGCAACAUGGGCUGCUCUCCGUAUGGUCCUCCAAGACCUACAGGAACAAUUAUUUAGCGGAUGCAGGGGGCAGGCAGGUCGUUUGGGGCGCGCCAGGGACGAAGCCUUUAACUCCCCUGCCUUAAUCAAGCCUAGGUUGCGGUUACAGCUGGAGCAGCGGAUAGGGGAACCGCAAUCAGCGCACAUGCACACUCACUAUUUUUUCAAAACAAAAUAAAUUUCUUGCAAGACGAGGCAUUCCUUCCGGCUCGGCUCAAACGGAAAGCUCUAGUUAAAACGAGCUUCCAUUCACUCCCAGUCAGUGAGUCCAAAUACAAUCGCCAACGUGGAGCCCCCUUUGGGGCACCUUCUCGGGUUGGGGAUCGCCUGCCCUUCCUUGGGGUCUUCUUAAGGACAAAGACGCUCGGCCUCCCCGCCCACGUGGCUUCCAGCAGCGGCCGGGAACUUCCUGGGAACGCCCCCUUGCGAGCGACGAGCCAAUGGAAAGCGAGAUUUUGAAGCGAGGCAGUGUCAACGUUCUACGGCUUAUGACGCACAGAGGCGGGAUCCCCUCCUUUGGCCGGAGUCCGGAUGGAACGGUGGAGCCGUUGAGAGAGGUGCUUCGGCGGGGAGCGUUGCGGGAUCGCGGGUCAGGCGCCGGCCCCUGCUCUGCUCCUUGGGUGAUCCUCCCUGGCUGACCAGAAGGGAUGUCCGAACGCCCCAUGGCCCGCCACAGCAAACUUCAGAAGCAAGUGCUCGGCCUCUACCGCAGCUUCCUCCGGGCUGGCAAGGACAAGCCUGGCUUCCUUCCUCGGAUACAGGCCGAGUUCAGGAAAAAUGCCCAGAUCCCCCGGACAGAUGUCAUGAUUAUAGAGUACCUCGUCCGGCGUGGGCAGAGGCAGCUGGAACAACUCAGAGACGCCCACACCAAGCAGAUGGGUGCCUUCGUCAGGACGGAACAGGAGGAAUGAUGAGCCGGGAAUUUUACUUUUUGGAAAGGGUUUCCUGCCCGUUUUUAAUGGACUGGUCCUUUCUCCUAGCUGCUGGAUUUUAGCACAGCUGGUAUUGCAGGUGGGGGAUUUGUGGCCUUGCAGUUGUUGCUUCGUGAGCAUGGCCAGUGGUCAAGGGAGAUGGGAGUUGCUACGGGGUGGACAGGAGCUUAGCAAACCCGGAAUACAGAUCUGGGUGCCCUCUCAGAAAUGACUGACCAGAGCUGCCCACAGCUGCCACUUGAGGGCACAGUUCAAAAAUACAUAAUCAUUCUGUUCCCAUCACAUUUUUCUCCUCCUUUUUAUAGUUGAACUAAAAACACUUGCUCCCUACAGAUGUGAGGAUGCUUUGAGCAGGUCUGAUUGACGCAGCUCACCUCAAGAGGCUCUGGGGGUUGCCGUGCCGUGUGGAAGUUGGGAAUUCGGUUUUGGAGAUCGUCAACACACUCACAUGGCGGUUGAACCGGUUUAGGUGCCCUGUGUAGACGCAUUUUAAACCCACUUUCUCAGUUUUUCCUUGUAACCUUGGUUAUUCUGUCUUGGCAGGAAUUUGAAUAAACUAAAAUUGCCAGACAGCUCUUUGUGAGCUGCUUUUUUAUUACUGUUUAGGAUGAGCCCUGUUCUAACAGCCUUUCUGUCAGUCACCCAAAUCACUUCCACCAGAUCAUAGCUGCAAGGAUCCACAUCAAGCCCUGAAGGCAGGAGAAGGAACUGAUGCUGCCAUAUUCCUGUGCAAAUGUUUAACUGUAGUUUUUUUUUGGGGGGGGGGUUGUACAGGGUGACAGCAGAGGACCUCUUGUCUGUAACAGAGAUCAGAUGUCCUGCUUAGGCAAAUAAAAUUUCAGAAACAGACUGGAAAGAGAAGUUGCUGAAUUGCAACUCAUUAGCAAGCUUAAAACCAUGGAGCCACCUGGAAUGAACAGAGACAUAGGAUUCUUAUCUCAUUAUACAUGAUCAAGCUUUCCUUAGCACCUCAGCCCUUGCUCCCCCCCCCAAGACCAAUUGCAGUCAUUAACAGUCGUUAACAGUCAUCUACAGGUUUACCACCCCUAUCAGCCCAUCACCCAUUCCCAUCACCCCCACCCUCUGAAUAUACAUAAGGGUCUGGUUACUUCUGUUUCAGUGUAUCUGAUGAAGUGUGCAUGCACACGAAAGCUCAUACCAAAAUAAAAACUUAGUUGGUCUUUAAGGUGCUACUGAAUGAAUUUUUUUAUUUUGCAUUUUAAGGGAGAGUCAGUUUGGCAGCUUGAAGCCUUUAAGCUACUGCUUCUCCACUUAAUAUUUAUGGUGUUAACUGAAGAGACAAAGGGCAUCAUCUCAUUCCUUAUUCCUGACUGCACAUCACUCCUGCAUGUUUGAACGGUCCGAUGUUUAGAUACUGAAAGUGGAUUGUCAUUCUUGGGCUACCAUUUAACGCUUCAUCUAAGAACUUGUUCCUCGAGUGCUACCAUCAGAUAGUGGCAAAUUGGGGAAAAAAUCUCUUCCCUCCCUCCCUCCCGGCCCCGCAAAAGGAAAGAAAGGGAAAUGGUAUUGUGUUAAAAAUGUGUUUUUCUAAACACUGCUGUUGAUCACACAGCAGCUGAAAUAAAACUGCUUUAGCUAUGUGUGCAUAUUUGUAUUUAAUUUUGGGAACAUGGGUGGUAGAUUUAACAAGGAGGCCCACAGCACCUUAAAGACUUAUGCUUGGAUCCUAAGAUUAUAAAUAGAUGAAAGGGCAGUACAUGGAAAUGACCUUUGCAGUUCCUUCUCUCCCCUUGCAACUGCCGUGCAGCCGCUCACAUUCUGAUGGUGCCUCUCUGGAGGCUGCUGGGCUCUCCUGAA